AUGACAGAAGCCUUGAGUCUCUCAAAACAACCAAGUUUUCACAACUUGAUGAAAUUUUUCAGACAUCAGAUAUCAAUCUUGGCAGCCUCUAUUGAGAGGUGUUCAUUAAUAGAGGUUUCAAGGUUAUUUUUUGAACUAGUGAUUAGCUUGUGCCCAAGAAAUUGCUUCCGAAGUGCACUCGAAGAGUGUAGUCAAAACAGGGCUGCUCUUGAGCUGCUCUUAGAAACAGAAAUCACCGGCCAUCCCGAAUUAGAUUUGGAAGUCGACCCUCGGUUUUUGCUUAAAAGUAUUUCUCGAGGCCAACUGUACAAUAGAUCUUCUUUGGAACUCAAAAUUAAGUUAGUAAUCCUUGCCAAAACCGUAAUGGCCUAUCUCAAUUAUUUUGAUGGUGAUUUCGGAGAGUCAUUUUUCAAGUUCAGGUGGAUCUUACAAUUUUUACAUGAAGCGCGCAAGCUUCCCGGUAUUCUUCACAUAAAAUUAGUCAGAUCACUGGACUAUGAGCGUUCCUUGUCGUUGCUGUGUGCCAAGUCGCUUCUGAAUGUUUUUGAGAAACCCCAGUGUACGAAAUGGAGGAGCGGCGCGGAUUUUAAAGUCAAUCGGUUGGAAAUUAUUGAGGGAUUGCUGGCCAACAUCUUGGACUGUACUGAGCCUAGCAUAUUAACAUGCGUCGACGAACUGGACUACUUCAUGAUGGAUAAGUUAUUCACAGUUUUGGGUUCCAUGGAGAAAUAUAUCGCGCUGCUAAGAGGUCCUCUAUGCGAAGUGGAUGGUAUGGGCACAUCAAAAUCACAUGCAAUCCGGCCUCAACGGUGUCAUGUUGAAGGAAUGAUUCGAAAAUACAUAUUGGCGUCCACUUUCAAGCUGGCUGGUGAUCCCACAAUUUCUUAUACUUUUGAAAAGAUACUGGAAGGAAUUUUGUUGUAUGGAGGAAUUCAUUUAUGCAUUAUGACUUUUUUCUACAAAGUUAAAGAACUUCUUGAGUUUGAAGUUAGUGGAAGCAGGCAAGCAGACUCUGUGCGCCUUGAUGUUAAACCUGCCUAUAUACUUUUCGUCAACACAGUGAUGAAAGAAUGGGGCAGUUUAUCCAUCGCAAACCAGAGCCUUAAGUGCGUCCAAUGUCCUCAGGUUUUGGCUAAAACUCAUGGUGAUGAGAUCAUUAUGGUUGACGCUGUCUAUGAAGAGUCUGGUAACGACCACAAUCACGAUAUAACUCUUUUGCUCAGUGCCGCUAAACUCAAAGCGAAACGCAAAAUAUAUGGAAGUCCACAGCUUCAUCAAGAAUUUUCGGAAACACAAUGGCAGAUGGGUCUCUCUUGGGUCCGUUUCUGGGAGCAUUGCUACCUAGAUAAUAAGGGAAAUUUGACAGAUAGCUUGCGGGGUCUUUUGGAGGAAAUCUAUGAUCCUACAUUUUCUCCGGUAUGA